AGCAUGUUUAUGUGCACAGGUGUGCGGAUUAACUUCUAUAAUUCAGCUACACAGUGUUGAAAGCUGGAGAAGUUGUGAACACAUCCACUAAUAAGAAGUGUUUCAGAAACCAGGUAUGCAUUGAACAACUCGGCGCAGUUUGAGGGAUGUUUUCUAGCUCUCACUGUUUCUGAUGAAGUAUUCAGCAAAAUUUUCCGUCAGCUACUUUUGACGUUAUGAUUCGCAGGAGACUUUGAGGGUGAAGAUGUGGCUGAACUCGGAGCAGGCGGCUCUCACAGGCCUGAUGUUUGAAACCUAUGUGAUGGAGCAUCACAGGAAUGACAUCCUGCAGAUCCUACAGGAACCCGAUGAAGAUGCUCAUUACUCGCUCGUAGUUAAUGCUAUGACCUUAUUUGAAGCCAACAUGGAGGUGGGCGAGUAUUUCAACGCCUUCCCCAGCCAGGUGCUGCCCAUAUUCGACGAGGCUCUUCACGCCGCCGCGCUCGCCGUCUCCCGGUCCGAGCCGCUGCAGAGCUCCUUCAGGCUGAAACACAACCUGCACGUCCGCAUCUCAGGUUUGCCCAUGUGUCCUGAGAUGACCAGAGAGCACAUCCCUAAAGCCCGCGACGUGGGUCACUUCCUGUCCGUCACGGGCACCGUCAUCCGCACCAGCAUGACCAAAGUGCUGGAGUACCAGCGGGACUACAUGUGCAACAAGUGCAGACACGUGUUCUCCGUGCAGGCCGACUUCGAGCAGUACUACAGCUUCACGCCACCCAGCCGCUGCCCCAGUGAGGACGAGUGCAGCUCCUUCAAAUUCACCUGCCUGACAGAAGCAGACACCCCGCCGUCAUCCUGCAGAGACUACCAGGAAAUCAAGAUCCAAGAGCAGGUCCAGAGACUCUCCGUGGGCAGCAUCCCUCGCUCCAUGCUGCUCAUUUUAGAAGACGAUCUGGUGGACAGCUGCAAAUCAGGAGAUGAUAUUACGGUGUAUGGGGUGGUGUGUCAGCGCUGGAAGCCACUGUACCAGGACUCUCGCUGUGAUGUGGAGAUUGUGCUGAAGGCCAACUACAUUGAAAUCAACAACGAUCAAUCCACAGCAGCAGUAGCGCUAGAGGACUUUCAGAAGGAAUUUGAGGAAUUCUGGGAAAUUCACAAGCAGAACCCUAUAGCGGGCAGGAACCAGAUUCUGAUGAGUUUGUGCCCCCAGGUGUUUGGGAUGUAUGUGGUCAAGUUGGCUGUAGCCUUGGUUUUGGCAGGUGGAGUGCAGCGAGUCGAUGCCUCAGGAAUGAAGGUGAGAGGUGAGUCUCACCUCUUGCUUGUGGGUGAUCCAGGCACUGGAAAAUCUCAGUUUCUGAAGUACGCAGCAAAAAUCACGCCACGCUCGGUCCUCACUGCUGGCAUCGGCUCCACUAAUGCAGGGCUGACGGUAGCAGCAGUGAAGGACUCUGGAGAGUGGCACCUGGAGGCAGGAGCGCUGGUUCUCUCUGACGGAGGCCUGUGCUGCAUCGAUGAGUUUAACAGCAUUAAGGAACAUGACCGCACCAGCAUCCACGAGGCCAUGGAGCAGCAGACCAUCAGCGUGGCGAAAGCUGGAAUGGUGUGUAAACUGGACACAAGGACCACGAUUCUUGCAGCUACCAACCCAAAGGGCCAGUACGACCCCAAUGUGUCCGUGUCUGUAAACGUAGCUCUGGCCAGUCCUCUCCUCAGCCGCUUUGACCUGGUCCUCGUCCUGCUGGACACCAAGAACCCAGAGUGGGAUAAAAUCAUCUCCUCGUUUAUCCUCCACAAUAAAGGUGUCCCGACUCAGCCUUCAUCGUUAUGGAGUAUGGAGAAGAUGAGAGCAUACUUCUGUGUGAUAAAGAGGCUGCAGCCGCGCGUCACGCAGGACGCCAACGCCAUCCUGACCCGCUACUACCAGCUGCAGAGGCAGAGCGACAGCCGUAACGCCGCACGCACCACCAUCCGCAUGCUGGAGAGCCUUGGCCGUCUCGCAGAAGCUCAUGCCAAGCUGAUGUUCAGAGAGAGCGUGACGGUGGAGGAUGCCGUAGUGGUGGUAUCUGUUAUGGAGUGCUCCAUGCAGGGUGGCGCACUGCUUGGUAAUGUGAACGCUCUGCACACGUCCUUCCCUGAUGAGCCUGGAGAGCAGUAUAGAAGCCAAUGCGAGAUUGUUCUGGAGGGUCUGGGCCUGACUCACAUCCUCAACAAAGAGCUGCAGAGGCUCUCAGGAAAGCAGAACAGCUCUCGUGAGUCGUCUGGAGGUCAGCAGCCGAGUGACGUACGCAGAGAGAGUAUGAGCAGUGAAGAGACGUCUGCCUCUGACCCAGGCCUCGACUGGUUUCACAGCUUAACCAGGCCAGCUGAAAGGAAUUCUCUCUUCCCAACAUCUCCCAUUCGUUCCUUUACACCGGAUCGUGCAGCUAAUGCACCGUGCCCUAGUGUGUUGCCUAGCAACAGUGGCUCGGCGCAUGGCGAGGGCUCUGCGUGGGAGAAGCAGGCCGAUGAAGACAGCAGUUCAGUGGUGCAGAAGAUCUCCAAAAAGCUGAGGACCAAACGAUUGAAAGGGAUGAACAGGGAGAACGAGACAAAGAACAUUGUGGAUGAGCGAUUAAAUACAGAGCAGCCGUUCUCUCCGUAUGAGCGCCCAUGCCACAGCACGCCAGUGGUGGACAGGAAAAGACCUUCUAAAAGAAAAGCUACAUCUUUGAGUCCACCUGCGACGGAACAGUCCGAGUGUGAAAAUCUACAGGUCGACCUGUCGAGCUUCACCUUCAAACCCAGAGAGAGAAUGACGCGCACAGAUCUGGCUUCUAAAAUGGAUGCUAAAAUUGGCACAAAACAAAUUAGACAAAUAAGACGAAAAGAGAAAGAGAAGAAGCAAAAAAAUCAGUGCGCCGAGCAACCAGCAGAGGGCGGCAGUGCGUCUAGGAAGCCCGGAGAGGCUGAAGUCGGAGAGAUUCCCUCUGAAAAGUCACGAGAGAGAAACCGAACAGCCGACGACGCAGAGCACAAACGUCAGCAACUCGCUCCAAACGAGCCCGAGUCCUCCGUUCAGCCACGCCCACCAAAAACUAAAGUCGCUUCGUCUACCUUGGCCAAGCUUUCCGCGUUCUCUUUUGUUCCCUCUCCUGAGGAAAAGUCCAGCCAGAAUCUUACCACAGCUCCAACACAGGAGAACACCACACCCGUUUCCAGGGACGGCGUCAUGGAAAAAGAUGCCAACGCAGCAGAAAGUACGCACACAAGCACUACUGCGACUGUGGAACAGAAAAGCUCCACGAAUUCAGCCACAGAGCCUCGCCAGAACACGAGCAGGCCACACGCAAGGACUGAGACGUGUGAAGAACAAUCUGUGAACUCCAGGAAGAGGAAGUGCUUUGAGUUGAGCUCAGCACGUCCCGGAGGUCUUUUCUCUGGUCUUUCCUUCUUCAGCUCCUCGAUAGCAGAUGAUGAAGCUUUCGAUGUGAACUGGGAGGAGGAGUCAAAAAAGAAAGUGAAUCUAUAGUUUCAUAUAUAUAUAUAUAUAUACAAGAGACCUGUGUGUUUAAAGUUGCAUUAAAGGAAUACUCCGGAAGCGCUCCAUCUGUAUCCAUUACAUCUGUGUAAUCAACAUGAGCGACACGCUUUCCUGUUAUGAGAAAAGAACAAAAGCUGCGGUUUAUCCAUGUCUAGGGCCAGGUGAUAAAUGUUUAAAAACGUGAUCUGCUGUAUAUAAUGCCAAAUCAAGAGUGACAGCUGUGGCGCUGUAGUCUAGAAGGUAUUAGGAUGAAACGGACACUCUUAGCAGAGUGAUUUAUCCAGAUUAAAGCAUUUUACUUUAAAUGUUCUCGAAGUUUUACGGUAUCCGAUCCAUACUUUUUUUUUUUCCCCUCCCUCUUGCAGAAAUCAUAAAUAUGUGCCACACGCACAAUACAACAUGUUUACUGCCCUUAGCCUCCAAUUACAAGGGUUUUUUCUUCUUUCUUCUUUACAUAAUACAGGAAAUGGUGUAAAUUCUUGUCCCUGGUAAUCUCUCUCUCUCUCACACACACACACGCUACAGAUACUGUGGAUAGACGUGAGGUUAAAAACGUUGGAGUUUUCCUUUAAUGUAAAAAAAAAAAAUGGUCUCUUAACCUUGUUUUAUGAUGUGUAAUCUAUUUUCUUGGAUUAUGUGAAAUGAAAAGCUGUUCAGGGAAAAAAAAAUCCAGUCGUCUCCUCCUGCUGCAAAGUUAUAAAUGAACAGUAAGAAAAAAAAAUGCACUUUACUCAUUUUUGCUCUUUAAUCAGCAGGUAUAAAGUUCCUUCUUGCUCCCCUGUGUUUAGUGAUGUACUAGCCAUGCUUUCCUAUCACACUUCCCUUAUUGCUGCAUUUUUCAUGCCCACUUCCGUCAGCAGUGCAGGAUAACUGCUGACAGAACGGCGACUGCUUGCUACGUUGUGUUGCGUUUAUCACGGUGUUAGCCUUCUACAGCUUCAGUGCUGGAUGUGCAUCUGCUUAUAUAGUGACGUACAGUACGGUGCAAAAGUCUUAGGCACGUGUGUGCCAAAAAUGGCUUCAAAAAUAAUGAAAUGAAAUGUUUUAACAUUAAAAAAAAUACAACCCCGAUUCCAAAAAAGUUGGGACAAAGUACAAAUUGUAAAUAAAAACGGAAUGCAAUAAUUUACAAAUCUCAAAAACUGAUAUUGUAUUCACAAUAGAACAGACAACAUAUCAAAUGUCGAAAGUGAGACAUUUUGAAAUUUCAUGCCAAAUAUUGGCUCAUUUGAAAUUUCAUGACAGCAACACAUCUCAAAAAAGUUGGGACAGGGGCAAUAAGAGGCUGGAAAAGUUAAAGGUUCAAAAAAGGAACAGCUGGAGGACCAAAUUGCAACUCAUUAGGUCAAUUGGCAAUAGGUCAUUAACAUGACUGGGUAUAAAAAGAGCAUCUUGGAGUGGCAGCGGCUCUCAGAAGUAAAGAUGGGAAGAGGAUCACCAAUCCCCCUAAUUCUGCGCCGACAAAUAGUGGAGCAAUAUCAGAAAGGAGUUCGACAGUGUAAAAUUGCAAAGAGUUUGAACAUAUCAUCAUCUACAGUGCAUAAUAUCAUCAAAAGAUUCAGAGAAUCUGGAAGAAUCUCUGUGCGUAAGGGUCAAGGCUGGAAAACCAUACUGGGUGCCCGUGAUCUUCGGGCCCUUAGACGGCACUGCAUCACAUACAGGCAUGCUUCUGUAUUGGAAAUCACAAAAUGGGCUCAGGAAUAUUUCCAGAGAACAUUAUCUGUGAACACAAUUCACCGUGCCAUCCGCUGUUGCCAGCUAAAACUCUAUAGUUCAAAGAAGAAGCCAUAUCUAAACACGAUCCAGAAGCGCAGACGUCUUCUCUGGGCCAAGGCUCAUUUAAAAUGGACUGUGGCAAAGUGGAAAACUGUUCUGUGGUCAGACGAAUCAAAAUUUGAAGUUCUUUAUGGAAAUCAGGGACGCCGUGUCAUUCGGACUAAAGAGGAGAAGGACGACCCGAGUUGUUAACAGCGCUCAGUUCAGAAGCCUGCAUCUCUGAUGGUAUGGGGUUGCAUUAGUGUGUGUGGCAUGGGCAGCUUACACAUCUGGAAAGACACCAUCAAUGCUGAAAGGUAUAUCCAGGUUCUAGAGCAACAUAUGUUCCCAUCCAGACGGCGUCUCUUUCAGGGAAGACCUUGCAUUUUCCAACAUGACAAUGCCAAACCACAUAUUGCAUCAAUUACAGCAUCAUGGCUGCGUAGAAGAAGGGUCCGGGUACUGAACUGGCCAGCCUGCAGUCCAGAUCUUUCACCCAUAGAAAACAUUUGGCGCAUCAUAAAAUGGAAGAUACGACAAAAAAGACCUAAGACAGUUGAGCAACUAGAAUCCUACAUUAG